AUGGAGGAGGUGAAUGAGGUGAAAGAUGAGGUAAAGGUGGAGGUGGAGGAGGAGGUGAAGGAAGAGGAGGAGGAGGUGGAGAAAGAGGAGCCAGAGUCAUGUCCACAGGAGCCAAAGUCAUGUCCACAGGAGCCAGAGUCAUGUCCACAGGAGCCAGAGACAUGUCUACAGGAGCCAGAGUCCACAGAAGCCAGAGUCAUGUCCACAGGAGCCGGAGUCAUGUCCACAGGAGCCGGAGUUAUGUCCACAGGAGCCAAAGUCAUGUCCACAGGAGCCGGAGUCAUGUCCACAGGAGCCGGAGUCAUGUCCACAGGAGCCGGAGUUAUGUCCACAGGACCCAAAGUCAUGUCCACAGGAGCCGGAGUCAUGUCCACAGGAGCCAGAGUCAUGUCCACAGGAGCCAAAGUCAUGUCCACAGGAGCCAGAGUCCACAGGAGCCAGAGUCAUGUCCACAGGAGCCAAAGUCAUGUCUCGGGUUGA